UUCCUCCCUGUAGUCCUCCGCUUGUGUCGCCGCCAUCUUGUUGGGACCCAAACUUUUGGAACCGAUGAAAUAAUAAGAGAAACGUGACGGUGUUUCACCGGAGGUGGCGGACUGAGGAGGAGCAGGGCUGACAAGCUGGCGGUGAGAGCUGAGAGGCCGCACGAUGGCGUUGGACCUGGGGAAGAGGUUACUGGAGGCGGCUCGUGGCGGAGAUGACGAUGAAGUGCGGCAGCUGAUGGGGAGCGGAGCGCCGUUCACCACUGACUGGCUGGGGACGUCCCCUCUCCAUUUCGCCGCUCAGUACGGUCACUUCUCCACGGUGAAAGUUCUGCUCCAGGCAGGGAUCAGCAGAGACGCCCGGACCAAGGUGGACAGGACCCCACUACACAUGGCGGCCUCCGAGGGUCACACCCACAUCGUGGAGCUGCUGAUCAAGAACGGAGCCAGCAUCAAUGCAAAGGACAUGCUGGAAAUGACGGCGCUGCACUGGGCCACGGAGCACAACCACCGGGACGUGGUGGACCUGCUCAUCAAGAACGCGGCCGAUGUCAACAUCCAGAGCAAGUUCGGCAAGACGCCCUUUGAUAUAGCCCUAGACAGGAACUACCCCGAGCUGCUGAUUGCCUUACAGGAGACCAUGCAGGGACAGGGGCACAUCCACAUACAGCCGGCGAGGACUAACGCCAUCACAGUCUCAUCCCCGCAGUUCAUCCUGACGCCCAGCCUGAUGUCUACGACGAACAUGACCACUUCGACAGCCGGCCGUAUUGACAUUACUAACCCCAAUUCUGUGCUGGCCACACUGGCGGCGCUGGCAGAGGCCUACACCCCUAUUUCAGGCUCUGGCAAUACCGCUGGGUCCUCUACUGAACUCGUCUCCAUUGACAGUGUCGGGCAGAUCAUGGAGAAUGGCGGCCAGAGGGUGAUCACCAUUGUGACGGAUGGCAUACAGCUGGGGAACUUACAUGGCAGGUUUACUACUGAUCGUAUGCGGCGUCCUCUGCUGGUGACCAUCCAGAAUGGAGAGCAAGUUGUUGCCAUCCCUGAAGAGGACUUCAUAGAAGAGGUAGUGGCUGAGGAAGAUGCCCCCCCUGCUAAAAAGCUUCGUCUGCUGCCCGUCGAAGCUGCUAAAAAAGAUAAUACAGACAAUCGUGAAGAGGACACCCGGAGACUAUUACAGCAGCAGCUCCAUGAAGCCAACGUGCGGGCCCAGGAGUACCGGCAGCAGCUCAUGGAGAAGGAGCAGGAGGCGGAGGAGUACAGGGUCAGGCUGGAGAACCUGGCCCGACAACACAUCAAUGGGGACAGCUUCACAGUGGUGGAGGACGGUGACACCAUCAUAAUCUCCACCGAGGAGUUACAGGGCACAGAAAUGACGGAGAUAGAGACAGUGGAGCAUCACUGCGACAUUCCUAUGGAAAGUGUGGUUAUGUGACCCAGCCGCUGACGUCCUUCAGCUUAAUUCAAGAGAGGUGGGUGACUGUGCUGCUGCGGUCCUCAGGAGGAUAGUCCCCAGACUGCACCCUAUAAUCCAGUCCUGCAUCACGUGGCCGGAGGAUUGGCAUGGUUCUGCUUCAGGGAUUCGUUGGCCUCCACAGGCAGACAUGUAAAUGUACAUAUCUAUAUACUCCUUCAUAUUUAUAUCUCCCUGGAGCACCGCUUCUCCUCUACAUUCCCUGUAUAAUGUGCUCCUCCACCAGAUCUGGCUUCAGCCCCAAUACCUGACUAGAGAUCAGCGGUGAGAGACACUCAGCCUGUCCAUUCACUAGAGAUCAGUGGUGACAUCACUGAGGAUGCCACCUUGGGGGGGGGGGGGGUGAUGUGACUAUAGUGAAGCUGUUUAACUUGGGCUAUAUUAUAUAUUUUUCUUAUUAUUUCCAUAAUUUUCCUGGAUUAUUAUUUUUUUUUUUGUCCUCAAAAUCAAAUUGUUCUGCUUGGCAGUGAAGGCAGGUGCCAGGUCCUACAUUGGCGGGAUCGGUACGUGGUCACACUUGGGACUCCCAGGCCCUGCUGGCUUGGAGACGAGGGAUUGACAUGUCAGUGCUGAGCGGUAUUACUGCAGAGCGUGGCAGUAUACACAGGCGGAGGCUACGCGGCUCUGACUAUGCUUCUCCCGGCGGCAGGCUGUUACCAUGGCAGCAGCUGUAAGCUCACUUAAUAUUCAUUAAAAGCUGCGACGCUCGAAUUUACCACUCGCAUCCACAUUCUUCUUGGUUAACCCCACGGUAGCUGAUGCCAAAAAUGCAUAAAACACAACACAUGCAGUCCACUAAAGAAAGAGGAUGCGCCGGUUCACUCACAUCUGUAUGUUCCAGUUUGUUAAUUUUUUUGACAAAAAAAAUAAUAAUAAAAAUGUGCUGGUAUCACUUUUUUGGGAUGAUUAAAACCCCUUUUUUUUUUUUUUUUUUAUUACUUAUCUUAUCGGAACUGUGUUUUUUGCCUCAUACUACAGUAGCGUAAGUCUCAUUUCACCCCAAAAUGUUGCCUUGCCCCCUUCCCCGCAGCCAAAGGCUUCACCACCUAGAGGCUGUACAGUAAUUUUGCUAGGGAAAAAAUGUUUUUUUCAGCUGCUGCUAUAAAACGCAUUGUACUGCCUUAUUGAUUGGCAGAAAGAGUUGUUAAGGCCUUUCCCUCCGCUUAGAAUUUUUUUAAAUAAAUUCUGGGUGUGUCCUUUUAAAAAUGGGAAAACAUACCAAAUUAAACUUUCUUGGGCAGUAAAUAAAAAAGAUUUGGAAACGUAGACUGAUCAGAUGUGAUUGCUGUCAAUGGCUCCACCCCUUCCUGUCCACCAGGGUCCAGGUUGUGUUGUUGUCACCUGAAACAUACUGGAGGUUUCGAAGCUUUAUGUAGAGCGUUGUUAGGAGGACGAUGCUCGACGUUCACCACUUUUGUUAAUAAAAUGUUCAGUGUCCAUCAUGUAUUCUAUACGUUUUCUACUAAUUUGUAAAGAGUUUUAUAUUUCAAUAAAAAAAACUUUUUUUUUUUUUUGUUUUAUAUUUUCAACUAAA